AUGGCCGUCGACGCAGAAAAGGACCCGGUGCAGGAAACCGGCUCUGCAACAGAUGCGCCUAGCUCGCCUUCUACUGUUGCCAAUGACAAUGGCCCUGCUGGGCCGGCUGAGCCGGUCGUCACUUUGAAAACAUGGAUUGUCUCUUCGAUUCUUUCUUGCGGUUACGGCCUUUCCUUCUGGCCUGUUCCCGUCGUGGCUGCAAUUGGCACCAUGAUCUCUGCUGAUAUGGAUGACCCGACUGGGUACAUUUGGUUUGUUCCUGCAUGGACUAUUUCGAUCACCUGUGCUUUCUUGAUAUUUGGCCCGAACACUGAUCUUCUGGGUCGGCGGUGGUUCUUGGUUCUGGGUAACUUGGUAUGCUUCGUUGGUCACAUCGUGGUAGCAUCAGCCAAAACCACAAACCAAGUUAUUGCUGGCCUUGUAAUCUCCGGAUUUGGCGGCGCAAACUGUCAGAUGGCAGCAUUCGCCUUACCAGAGCUUCUCCCAAACAAAUGGAGACACAUCGGCGUCGUCAUAGCCGACUUCACUGUCUACAUCGCCGUCAUCGUAGCACCAGUGACAGCCCGAUAUGGCUACGAGAUGGGAAACUGGUCCUGGAACUUCUGGGGCGUGGCCAUCUUCCAAGGUCUCUCCUUCUUCGGUCUUCUGUUCCUCUACCACCCACCAAAGCACCCCCUCGGAAUCCCAUACAAAGAAGCCUUCAAAUCCCUCGACUACCUCGGCGCCUUCCUCUUCAUCGGCGGCGCAGUCCCCUUCCUAAUGGGCAUCGUCUGGGCAGGCGUCUACGAGUCAAAUGACGCACACGUCGUGGCACCGCUAGUAGUCGGCGCCGUCGUCCUUAUCUGCUUCGCGCUGUGGGAAACCUUCGGCAAGCUCAAAUACCCACUUACGCCAACCUAUGUCUUCGCCAGUUCGUGGGGUAGGGAUUUCACUGCUCCCGUCAUUGCAUUGGGCGUUGUCAAUAUGUUCUACUAUUCUUCGAGUAUUCUAUGGCCGCAGAUGAUCAUUGCGUUCUAUACGAAUGGCGGUGCGGACUGGAAGUAUUCUGUUAUUCUGUCUUUGCCGCAGGGCUUCGCUAUCUUCUUCGGUGCUAUCUUGCUUACGCUUUUUGGUAGCAAGUUGAGGCAUUGGCAGUGGCAGCUUACUGGGUCUGUUUUUGUUAUGGUUGUUUUUGGGUCUUUGUUGGGUAUUGUUACGCCUACUAAUAAGGGGACUAUGAUUGCUUUUGUUUUCCUCUCUCAGACCGGCUUUGGUUGGGCUCUUUAUUUGAGUAUUGCUAUUACACAGAUGGGUGUUGAGCAUAAGAAUUUGGGGGUUAGUGGCGGUAUUUCUGGGUGUAUUCGGUUUGCUGCUGGUGCUGUCGCGACUUCGAUCUAUCAAACUGUCUACAGCAACACCCUCAGCAAGUAUACAGCGAUCUACGUCCCUUCUGCUGCCAUCUCUGCCGGUCUCCCCGAGUCAAAGGUCACAGAUCUCAUGACUGCAGUAGCCCAAGGCGCCGCUGCAUUGAAAUCUUAUAGUCCAGCCGUGGCUGCAGCUGCAGAGGCAGCCCUCGGCCAAGCCUACUGCAAGGCUAUCUUUGUCGUUGCCAUGGUCUCAAUGGCCUUUGGUAUCUUUGGUCUUGGAGCUUGUCUGUGCUGCAAGGAUGUCGAUUCAAAGAUGACCAACAAGAUCGAGGUUUACCUUGAGAACACGGAUCUCUCAGACCGGAACAAGUACCACUAG